AUGGAGCCUCAAAACCAAGCACGCCAGGUUGCCGAGCCUCUCGGCGAGCUCUCCCAUCAACAGCGUUUCUUCAACUUUUUCCAGCAUGAAAUAACCGCUCUCCAGGAUGAAAUGGAUCGUCUCUCCGAGACUGCGCUCAUAGGCGGCGAGCGCUCCGAUGCUAUGGACCAUUGCCUCGCCGGCAUCACGCGACUAUCUGGCGAGGUCAAGGACGCCUCAGGAUACAUUCCUCCUUACGACCAGAGAACAUAUGGCGAGGCUAUCAAGGCACUGCAAGAGAAGCUGGAUGAAACACGCAAAUCCCACGCUCCCAAACCCAAGUUCUCCUUCAAGUCCAAAUCUCCCUCCGCCUUGUCACUCAGCGAUGCUGCAGAGCUUGCGGCAGAGAAACGGCGCAAUGUACCAGGCUAUCUAUCGCCUUCCUCGAAUCCCUCGUUUGUCAAUACCCCUAGUUAUGUCAACACCCCUGCCAAUGAGAGAGCACAAGACGAACAGGAGUCGAUACCUGGGGAACAUGAUGAAGCUGCUGCACAAGACAAAGACGCCGUCACAAUCAACACUGAAACGAAAGCACAGUCACCCCCCGCCGACCCUGCCCAAGGGAGUGACCGCCCGUCUCUGUCCACAACAGCAACAUCGACCUCAAUCUCGAAUCAAUCCAACACACACGUUAUCCUGCCCUCUUCGGCCCCAAACACGCAAACGCCUUGUUCGCUGUCAAAGCUCAAUGGGUGCGUGGUUGAUCUAUCUGUACCGACAACCGCCACAGCACCCUUUGCGAGCAUAACUAUCACCACUAUCUCCUCAUCUCUGAUCCUCUGUGGUUCAGUUUCCGGCCCUGCGCACAUAACAGGCGUAAAGAACAGCGUGCUUGUACUCAAGUGCCGCCAGUUCCGUAUGCAUGACUGUGAGAAGGUGGAUGUCUACUUGCACUGCACGAGCCGGCCGAUCAUCGAGGAUUGCAAGGGCAUAAGGUUCGCUGUCUUGCCAAAAUUCCACAGUGACCUGAUCUCCGCUUCUCAAGAAGAUCCUUCGGCCGUGCCAAACCAAUGGAACCAGAUCGACGACUUCAAGUGGCUUUCCCCCGAUAAACCCAGUCCGAAUUGGUCAUUGCUGCCAGCUGAAGACAGUGUGCCGGACGAGACCUGGCGAGAGGUUGUCCCGGGUGGACCUGGCUGGAGCGUGAGCGAUAUUCUCAAGGCGGUGGGCGUGGGCGGCACAGCGGGCAGUACCUGA